GAUCGGUGGUGAAAGAAGAGAGUGAAAGCUGUCUCAGUUUUGAUUACUGAUUCUUUUGCACACUAACAAUGCCUCGUUACGGACAGCUUGUGAUGGGUCCAGCGGGAAGUGGAAAGUCCACAUACUGCAGUAACAUGGUAAGACACGGAGAAGUCAUACAUCGUAAUAUACAGGUGGUAAAUUUGGACCCGGCAGCUGAACACUUUGAUUACCCUGUGUUGGCUGAUAUAAGGGAAUUGAUUCAUUUGGAUGAUGCUAUGGACGAUGAAGCAUUGAGGUUUGGACCUAAUGGUGGACUUAUUUUCUGUAUGGAAUAUUUGGCUCAGAACUUUGACUGGUUACAAGAACAGCUAGAUGAGGCAGAGGAUGACUAUAUCUUGUUUGAUUGUCCUGGUCAGGUAGAAUUGUACACACACAUUCCGGCCAUGAAACAACUGGUUGAAACGCUACAGAAGUGGGACUUUCGUAUCGCUGGAGUCUUCCUGAUAGACUCACAGUUCAUGAUUGAAGCAUCUAAGUUUGUGUCUGGAGUAAUGACAGCUUUGUCCACUAUGGUCAAUCUAGAACUGCCCCAUGUCAAUGUGAUGACGAAACUUGACCUGCUCAGCAAGAAAGCAAAGAAAGAUUUAGACAGGUACCUUGACCCAGAACUGCCAGUUUUGCUUGAUGAAGAAUUUAAUAACAGUAAAUUCAGCAGCAAGUUCCAGAAACUCAACUCUGCCAUAGCAACAAUGAUCGAGGAUUACAGUUUGGUGAAGUUUCUUCCCCUGGAUCAGACAGAUGAGGAUAGUAUCAAUGAUGUACUAUUACAGAUAGAUAGUGCCAUACAGUAUGGAGAGGAUCUGGAACCCAGAGAAAUGAGGGAUGACCCACAAGAUGGCGAUGAUAAUGAAUUCGACAGUGGCUUCGAUGGCUGACUGGCUAUUGAUGAAUAUGUGAUGGAUGUUUGAAUGAUGAAUGCAAGAUGAAAGGAUAAAGUGAAAGGACAUAUUCAUGGAUGAAUGUAUGAAUGAAUCAAAAACGUACUUGGGAAUGUUUGAUGGACAGUGUGGAGCCUGUUUCUGAUUGAUGUCUUUCAAUAAUAUUGAGAUAUUUUGUUUUGCAAUUGUUGAAUUAACUGAAUUAAAUAAAUGCUAUAAACAU